AUGAAUAAAGUUCGGUGGCGACUCUGUUUCGAACAGUAUUUUUCCGCGGCCAUCGCGAGGAUCGUAUUUUUCGAGGUACGACACAUAGGUCAUCCAAUUGGGGGAAAGAAAUUGAUUUCCCUUGAUAAUAAGUCUCUAAACCAAGCUCACGGGUACAUUUUAUUCAAUUGUGAUGAAGUGCAAGAAUACAUUAGAGAGCAUGAGGUUAAUGUUCAUAAUCUUAAAAAAAAAAGGAAGCUCAGAAAUGCUAACAAUCAAAGAGAAGAUUUUAUUCAAUGGUUUGAAACACGUGUCAUAGGAGAGGAAGUUACCGAAUGGUUGAAGGUGUUGUCUAGGGGACCAAAUGAUGUUGUUAGAAGGUAUUCUGGUUAUGUUAUUAAUGGAUACAGGUUUCAUACAACGAACCGCGAAGCAAGGCUUAAAACACAAAAUAGUGGUGUGACAUUAGAAGCCGUGACUCAAGUUAUUAGAAAUGCAAAGGAUGAAAAUCCCAAAAAGAUUUGUGUGACUUACUAUGGGGCAGUAAAAGAUAUUAUAGAGUUAGAUUAUUAUGGUCAUGAAAAAUAUGUAUUGUUCAAAUGUGAUUGGUUUGUGGAUGAAAAGGAUAAAUAUGGAUCGUUGUUCGUUUACUUCAACAAAAAAUGCUACAAAAAUGAUCCAUUUGUGUUGGCAUCUCAAGUUCAACAGUGCUUCUUUAUUGAAGAUCCUUUAAACAAGAACAAACACUAUGUUCUAAAUGCACUUCCAAGGGAAACGUUUGACAUGGGAGAAUGUUUGGGUUCAGAUGCUCAAGAAUAUUAUAUUUCAAUAAAUCUUGAUACAUUAAAGGAUGAUUGUGAAGUGGAUUUGGUUAGGAAAGACGUGCCGGAUGAUAUCUUUGAAAUUCCUUUGUCAGAACUUCACAACCAAAAAUCAAUAGAGAGUGAUCAUAGUGACACAAGUUAUGAAAGUGACGAUGAAAUCGAUUAUGAUUCUAGUACUGAUUAG